UACGACAACAUUAAUAAGAGUUUCAUAACUUUUCACAUUUAGCCGAUGCUCCCAUGUAUAAUAACACCAGGAAAGAUCCAUGCAAGAAAAACGCAUGUUUAAUACAAAAGUGUCUAAAAGAGAACAACUACCAGGAAUCAGCUUGUGUAGAAGUGUUAGAGCUGAUGCGUGAAUGCUGCCGACAAUAUAAAGGACAGUCCAUUUGCUGCGAAGGCAUAGAUAUCGAGCCGAAAAGAAAUACUUCAAAAUCUACAAAUACAGUCAAUACAAAAAGUAACUAGAUGGAUGGACAAAAUACGAGAACACAGGCUACUCGAACUCGUAGACAAACUUAUAUUAUUCCAAAACGUUCAUUUGCUAAGCGAUAUCCAUUAACAACAAUUUGGGUAAG